AUGAGAUUCAAAAUAUCAUUGCAAAAUCGUAAUGGCCACAAACGGCUGGUAACGUGCGUAGCAUGGAGCUCGGCGGAGGAAAUUUAUUCCUGCGGCGAGGAUCAUUUGUUGAUAUCUUGGCACCUGGAAGGCGGAAUCGCUCAUUCCAGCAUCGUUACAGAAUUUCCCGAUGACUUUUAUCCCACGGAUAUGCAAUGGCAUCCACGGCCAAAUUAUACAACGUUGAUUACGAAGAAGCAAUCGUUGGAUGUUUUGUUGAUCACUACAGCGGAUGGAAAGUAUCAUUUGGUAAAUAAGAAUGGACGUAUAGAGAAAAGUGUUGAUGCUCACAAAGGAGCAACAACAGUGGGCAAGUGGAGCAGCGACGGUUCUGCCCUCUUGACUGCUGGCGAGGAUGGUUUGAUAAAAGUAUGGUCACGUAGCGGGAUGCUUCGAUCCGUUAUAGUUAGAGGCACGUUGCCUAUUUUAUCAGCUGUCUGGAGUCCUGAUUGUAUGACAGUGCUGUAUUCUCAGGGAGCUCAUCUAACAUUCCAAUCACUUAAUUCUAACUCCAAACCUCGAAAGUUACUUGCACAUGAUGGACUUAUUUUGGUUUUAUGUUGGAAUCAUACUCAUGGGCUCAUAGUGUCUGGUGGGGAAGAUUGUAGGUACAAGGUGUGGGACUCAAAUGGCAGUCAGUUGUUUUCUAGCAAUGCAGGAACUCACCCCAUUACGGCCGUGAGUUGGAGCUACUCUGGAAACCAUUUUGCUGUUGGAUCAUUUAAUACAAUCAAGCUUUGCGACAAAACGGGAUGGUCCCAUUCAUUAGAAAAAAUUAAUGUUGGAAGUAUAUACAGUAUUGCUUGGUCUAACGACAGUACUCAGGUUGCUAUGGCUUGCGGUAAUGGAACCGUGUUGACUGGACAUAUAAUAGAUAGGAGAUUAGAAUGGAAUAAUUAUGAAGCCACGUUGACCAAACGAAAAGUAAUCGAAGUCAGGCAUAUUAAUAACGAAAUCAGAGAAACAUUAGACAUAUCUGAUCGCGUGGUUCAGUUAGAAUUUGGUUUCGAUCAUUUAGUUGUCAUCACGCCGGCGCAAUGUCACGUUUACUCGGUAACGAAUUGGAACACGCCGGCCAUAUUUGAUUUGAAGAAUACCAGCAUAUCAGGGGUACUUCUUGCAGAGAAACACUUCUUACUGGUUGAAUGGAACAGCGUAUCGUUGUACAGUUAUCAAGGUCGGUUACUGGGGACUCCAAAAUGGAAAGGAAUGACGCAGGAACGACUUCAUCCUCCUUGCGUGUCACUGUGCACCGACACGUUGGUUUUGAGAUCGCAAACGAAUGAAAAAUUGCUGCACGUUUUGGAGUUGGCUUACAACAAACCGACGACAGAAAGUCAACCUUACACGCAUCUUCAAAGUAUCACAAGGGUAGCGUUGAAUCAUAUCGGAGGACCCGCUGAUCGACAAGUAGCGUUAAUCGAUGUAAAUAAAGAUUUGUUUUUGGUUUCUGUGAGAACUUCGGGUUUCGGUAGAAUAUGCAAAAUAGCUGCUAUGACUCAAGACAUUGCGUGGGCGACUGAUGCAAAUGUCUUAGCAGCAAUGUUGGACGCAACGCUGUCGGUGUGGUUGUGUCCUAAUUGCGUACAUUAUAGCGACCGUAAAAUAAUAAAAAAAACAAGGAUCGAUAAAGAAAGCAGUGAAUUUGGUAAACAGCCGAGUAUAGUAAACGUGUACAAUGGUAUGGUGAUGAUACGUCGCGGCGAUGGAGCGUUAGUAGCUUCUACAUUUUAUACGUUUUUCAUUAGUCUUCAUCAGCAUAUAUUGAACAAGAGAUGGAAAGAAGCGUUGUCUCUUUGUCGAAUUGCUCAGAAUGAAAUAUUGUGGACCUGUAUGGCCGUUAUGGCAACCGACAAUAAAGAAAUGAACGCCGCGGAGGAAGCAUACGCAGCGAUAUCAAGAUUCGACAAAGUCGAUUAUAUUCAAUAUAUAAAGGGUCUGCCAAGUAAAACGGAGAGACUGGCAGAAAUGGCGCUGCUGUCGGGCGAUUUAUUAACUGCUGAAGGUAUACUCUUGCAAAACGGAUUAAUUGAAGAAGCUAUACGAAUCAACCUUGAAAUGUACAACUGGAACAGAGCGUUAGAGUUGGCAAUCAGACACAAAAAACAGCAAGAGGAAGUAUUGCGGGCAAGAAAAGAGUACCUUCAAGUAAUCAAUAAGGAAGAAACAAAUCAAAGUUUUCUUGCGUAUAUGGCGACCAUUGCUAAAGCGCAAGAAGUCAUCGAAACUCCUCUCUUUCGACCAGACCCGGUCGAGCCAUCGGAAACGGAAGUACAAAAGCCCGAAUCGUCGGAUCGAGAAAUGCAUAUGUGAAAGGGCAACAACAGUCUCGUUUAUACAAAUUGU